AUGUUCGUCCCCUACAAUGGCGAGACACAGCGUUUCAAUGUUCGUGUAUCCGACCAGCGCAGACACAGCGCGAAGGCAUUUCAACGGCGUAGACGCGAGAAUGCGAUCAGAUUUAAGCAACACCCCGAUACGGAAAUCAUCGGGUCGCCGGCAUCUACGCAGAUAUCGAGCACAUCACCAACCUCAAGUGAAUUGCUCUCCACGGAUGAUGAGAGCAAUGAUUAUGAUGACCAAGACGUUGAAGAAAUUGCUACUGCAACUCUUGAACAUCAGCCACCUGUGUCGACGAGCACAACAACCCGCUCCAAUGCCGGAGACACACCUGACAACGGCGACCACCAACCUCAGCAGCUCGGCCACGAUCAAUCCAUGACGCUGUCUGUUACGCACAAACUGAGAGCGAUAUCUCGCAGCGACAUGACCUUUGGAGGAUUUCGAGUGGAUCCUUUCAGAUCUUAUCCCAUCAAAUGGCGAGAAUAUUUCCCUGCAGUCACCGACUUUUGCAGGAUAGUCGUCGCCCCCAGGCCAAACUACUUUCAAUUUGUCAUGGAGAACGACGUCUUAUUUGAAGCCAUCGUAACCUACUGUCUAUGCGUGAUGCCCGCAACGACUCCUCAGACACAGAUGGCGCUGAUGUACCACUAUGGGGGCACCAUGUCAAAAGUGAGCAGGUUUCUUUCAUCGGGCUCCAAAGAGGCAAGCGAUGCGGUGAUUCUCGCCAUAUGCAACCUUGCUGUUAUUUGCGCUUAUCGUGGUGAUGACGAGCACUUUCAAACACAUCUAGACGGCAUCCACCAACUCAUCAAGUUACGAGGCGGGAAAGAUGCCUUUGAAACGGAAGGCUCCUGGGUCAACAUGGCGUUGAUAGCCAUCGAAGCACUCGCCCUCGUUCCAUCGCGCAAACAACCCAGAACGGCAACGGUCGAAACAACUCUGACUGAAGUUGAAUCCAAGCCCACAAUCCAUAUCAGCUCCAGAACACCAGUCUAUCCAGAACAUCCGUUUUCUGCUGAACUCUGUGCCCUCAUCUCAAGGCUGCCUGAAGGGUUUCGAGAAGUAGCCUUGACUGGCCGGGUCUCAAUCCAGCUGAUAAAUAGACUGGAGAUCACUCGGAGCCAGGUGGUGCAUUUGAUGGCCACGGCGACAGAUGAUGAGCGGGAUAGGGAUUGGCAGGCCUUGAUGCUUGCGUCGAGCCCACUCGAGCGAAUGGGAUGGUUUGCAGUUCUGGUCUUCCAUCUUCGCAGCUCAACACAUUACGACAAUUGUAAGAGCCUGGCCAAGGCAGUCUUGGAAUGUGCUCAGCAGCGCUACUAUACCGUAGCUGAAAAUGAAUGGAUCCUCUGGGGUGCCUGUCUUCUCAUUGCGACACCUGACCCAGAAAGAGUUCUGACAGCGCAACGGCACAAUAUCAUUGCAUGGCUGAAGCGACGAAAGGCGCUGCUAUCCUACCCACGAAUGAAUGCUAUCGCCAACAAGUUCUUGUGGAGCGAUGGUCUCAGCGACGGCUUGCGGACAAUUAUCAUGGAUAGGCUGACUAGCUAG